AUGCUAAUUCGCUGGGCACAUAGAUACCUCCCGGCGGUCGCCGGGUAUCUUUCCUACGUCGUUAACCCCGUGUUGGCUUAUUUCAUUCUGACCGAACCAAAAAAUUCUUCAAUCGGAAAGUAUCGAUUUUUAAUCCUAUUCUUUGCUGUCUUUGACAUGGUUUACUCAACGGUAGAGCUGUUUGUUCCAGUGGGUAUGCACGGGACUGGAUCCGCUUUCGUGAUUUAUCUGGCGCAUGGACCGUUUUUCGGAAAAGAGCAUAUGCGCCUCGCCCAACUCGCAAUUUCAAUCAGAUGUGGAUGUAUAUCCCUAUCCUAUGGAAUCCUGGUCAUUCAUUUCAUCUAUCGUUACAUCGCCCUUUUCUUCCCACAGUUCGUUAAAAAAGUGUUUCAACCACUCGGAAUGUGCUGUAUCCUCAUUUUCUUCCUCAUCCAUGGCAUUGUUUGGGGAGGAAUCUGUGAACUUUUCCUGUAUGCAGAUGAUGAGAUGAGAGACUACAUUCGGGAUGUGUUUAGAGAAACCUAUGAAGUUGAUUCAUAUGAUAUUGCAUUUCUUGCAGCACUGUACCUGGAUGGGAGCAAAGAAGUGAAAACACGAGGUUGGGUUGGAAUUGGACUUCUUUCCUGCAUUUCUGUGUACGCCGUGUCAUUGUAUAUCAUAUUGGGGAGAAAGAUCGUCGCAAAACUGAACACCCAAAACAUCUCUCAAAUCACGCGAAACAUGCACAAACAGCUGUUCAUGGUAUUGGCUGUUCAGACAAUUAUCCCGGUCUGCAUCAGCUUCUCCCCGUGCAUGAUGGCCUGGUACGGACCAAUGUUUUACUUGGAUCUUGGAAUGUGGAACAACUACUUCGGCGUCAUCGCUUUCUCGGCAUUCCCAUUUUUGGAUCCGUUGGCAAUCAUGUUUUUACUUCCAAACUACCGGAAGAGAAUCAUUGGUUCAAAGACUUCGAAGACACCUUCCUGUACAGUGCUCCAAAUGGGCCAUGUCACUCCAGCUGCUAAUUGA